GGGGCUCUCAGGGUGGCUGUCAGUCAUGGCGGCGGCGGCGGUGGCGGCGAGGAGGCCGCCGUCCCCCCGGCCGUGUCCCGAAGAGCCUGAAGUGUUUGAAAUUGAUCUCCCUAUCACUAUCUUUGAAUUGAGCGAUGACGAGUUUUUGGAAAGAGAAGAUGAAGAGCAAACAGCUUUGAAUGAAGAUGGGUGCCUGAAAAGUCAGACAAAAGAAGUCAGAAGGAUGGGAAAUGAACAGGAAGAGCAGAUGAGAGGUGAUGGCUUUAAAGGGAAUAAUAGAGAAGAACCGGCCAUGCCAAUUGAAGUUGCAAAAAUGAAGGAAGAUGAUGAAGAAGUGCCUCUUACAUGUGAAAACCUAAAUUUGGUCCAAGUGGUCUUAUUUCAGAAUGCAGUGGAUAAUGCUGACCAUGAUCAAAGCUUGGUAAUGGGCUUCUUAGACUGCAGGACACAAAAUGGGACUGGAAAUGAAUGUGUAAAAAUAAAUCAGUUUGAGAAUGAUCAUAACUAUCACCAAAGAAUGGUAGCUCCUUGUCUGAACACUCAGAAUAAAGGAGGAGGUCAUGUGGCAGAUGGAGUCAUACAGAUGUUUUUGUCAGUUGCAGAGGAAAUGGAACCAGUUGCAAAUGAAUCUGUUCGAGAGAGCCUCACAGAGCCUGCUUGCAUGCACAUAGGUGCUAAUGAUGAAGGUGCUGCCCCUUUGGAGAUCGGAUUUAAUAGAACUGAUAAUGGACUUAGAAAGAGUGGUGGGCUUGAGGAUUACAUACUCCUAGGUCACAAACUGGAGGAACAACAGGCUGAAAAUGAGAAAUGUCUCUUACCUUUUAGUAAUGGUGAUCGUUCUCUGAGAGAGGCUGGGAGUUUGACAGUGAAUGAUUGUGCUAAUCCUGAGCCAGAUGUUGUUGGACAUGAUGUUCAGCCCUUGGAAGCUGGUUGUUCUGAAGAGUACGACAUGCAAGAAAGCCUUAAUGGUUCCAGUGAAAGUACAGAAGAUGGCCAACAGCUGCAGGUGGAGCAACUAAAAGAGGCAUUGCUACUAAAUAAUAAGCCCGAGAGCAACACUCUCCUGCUCUCAGUCAUGGAAAUGCAUACCAAAACAAGAGGGGCUUGGAAAUGCUUGUUUUGUAACUUGAGGCAUACAUCCUCCAUAUGCCUAAAAGAACACAUCUAUGCUACUCAUAAGGAUAAAAAAAUCCACAAAUGUAACUUUUGCCACAGAAAGUUUUUCUUUUAUAUUGAUCUUAAGCGCCACCAUAUGUUUCACAUGAAAAUAAAAUCAUUAAAAAAGAGAGAAAAAAACAGAAAUAAUACUGGAGAAGACAGAAGGAGCAAGAAUAAAAUAGCUAUGAAGAAGAAGACAACUAAGAAGAAAAAGGAAAGCAAGUAUGAGAAGUUCUUUAGUGAAAUGAGAAGGGAACUAAAGCCUUCAAAGAGCUUCUGUUGCACAAUAUGUCCCUUUGCUUCCCCCAAUCCCAAACACUUUACACAUCAUAUGAAAGAACAUAAUGACAGACCACCUUAUCAGUGUCCUCGGUGUGAAUAUUCCUCUGAUAACCAUUCAUAUGUGCUCAAACACUUGUACUGGCAUGCUGGAUAUAAGCUAUACAAAUGCACUUUCUGUACUUUUUUGUCUCAGUAUUUUAGCAGCAUGGUAAAACACAGCUUCCUCCAUACAGGUGCCAAGCCUUAUUGGUGUGCUGUCUGUGAGGGGAGGUUCACAAGUGCAAGUAGCUUAAAUAAACAUGCAGUUAUGCAUAGCCAAAGGCAGAAGGGCAAUAAUUUGCCUAUAGCUAGGAAGGAGAGACUGAGCUCUCGAAAGAAAUACACGUGUACUCAGUGCAGCAUAGCGUUUUACACACGCAAACAUCUCCAGCGUCAUCAGAAAUACCACACACAAGUUCAGGACAGUGAUAAAACAUUUCGAAAUGACUGUGUUAAAGAGUGUGAGCAGAGUAAGCAGAACAGCUGUUCUCAAAAGACUCAGGCUCUGUGUUCUGACAACGAGAAACCAAUAAACCCUUCUCAGUCAAAUAAACAAUUGAUGCCGCGAGAAAAAUAUCAGGAAGAUGGCUCACAGGAAGAGACACAUGCGCAGAAAAAGUGCUGCCCGAGUAAUUUAGGGUGUGAGAUGUUGGAUGUGGUUCCAAACACUUACGUUUGUGACCAUUGUAACUUAGUGUUUCGCAGAGAAGAACUCUUGAUUUACCACAGGGGCACUCACUUCCAAGCUCAACCGAGUGAGAACGUGACUUGUAAAUACCAGGAAGCUGAGAGAAAUGGUAGGUUGCACGUGGGGCAGCCUUCUUGCGGACCAGCUCUUAAACUCUUCAAAUGCCACCAGUGUGCUUAUACCACUAGCUCCUUCAGCAACUUACGGGUGCAUUUUAGUGUCCACACUGGUGAAAAACCGUUCAAGUGCCUAGAGUGUGACAAGUCCUUUCGAAACUCCAGCCACUUAAAGCGGCAUAGGUUCUCACACUUGUGGAAGCAUUAUAAAUGCAGGCAGUGCCUUUUCAUUGGCACGACUCUAGAAGACCUUAAGCGGCAUGAGGAAACCUGCAAGGAUGAGGGUCCAGCAAGAAAAAUAUGUCGAUCAUCAUCUUCAAGCUGUGAGAACUCCGAGAAACAAAUAAAUAUGUCUAAAGGAAGAGGAAACAAAAGCACACUCGUGUUGCCUGAAAGCCAUGUUCAAGUUUACAAGUGUGAGCACUGUGAUUAUGCCACCUACAUAUUAGGCAGGCUAAAGUGUCACACAAGAAUACACACAGGUGAAAGGCCUUACAGUUGUGAUGUUUGCCAGAAAAACUUUAGUACAUCAAGUCACCUGAAACGUCACAAGUUUGUACAUCAGAACUUGGAGCUCCUCAAGUGUGACAGCUGUGGGUUGGCAAUGGGCAACUGGCAGUCUUUUAAACAACACCUGGCUUCACACAGAGAUAAACAGCCACCACUUGGUGGCCACAGUCAGAAGCAGCCUCCCUCACGGCAUGUCAAAAUAUAUAAGUGUGAAGAGUGUGACUACACAACUAUCCGUAACGGAAACUUGAAAAUACACCUUCGGAUACACACUGGCGAGAAGCCGCAUAAAUGUCCUCAUUGCAGCCUUGCCUUCCGCACAUCUAGCCACUUAAGCCGCCAUUUAGGAACUCAUUUAAAGUGCAAGAAAUGUAAGUUUUCUGCCACAAAUAAGUGUGUUCUGCAGAAGCACGCACAAACUCAUAAGAAGAAAAGACGUAAGACUCAGAAGAAGAAAACACCUGAGUACACUUUGAAGAAAGACGCUUAUAAGUAA